UUUAUAUAUUUAUAUUUAUAUAUAGUCUCAUUUCGCAUGCAUUGAAGUUGAAGUUGAUUGAUUUACAGAGCCAAAGCAAUUUGGCCGCCAUUAAUGGAGGAGAACAACAAUAAUCAGCCAUUACUCUCCUCCAGAGAAGAUAACCAAAACAACCACUUAGAGACUCUUCUCUCCACAACCUCAAAUCACUCCUUCACCGCCGAUGCCGACGACAUCCAGCCCAUUAAUACCGUCAGAGACUUUUAUAAAGAAUUCAAAGUCGAAUCCAAGAAGCUCUGGUUCUUAGCCGGUCCAGCAAUCUUCACCUCCAUAUGCCAAUACUCCCUCGGCGCCAUCACACAAGUCUUCGCCGGCCAUGUCAGCACUAUUGCUCUCGCCGCCGUCUCCGUCGAGAACUCCGUCAUCGCCGGAUUCUCCUUCGGAAUUAUGCUUGGAAUGGGGAGUGCUUUGGAAACUCUAUGUGGACAAGCAUUUGGGGCUGGUCAGCAUGAUAUGUUGGGUAUAUAUAUGCAAAGAUCUUGGGUAAUCCUGAACUCAACAGGGGUAAUCCUCUGUUUUCUGUACAUAUUCGCUUCGAAGCUCUUGAAACUGAUUGGUCAGACGACGGAGAUUUCAGAGGCUGCGGGGUUGUUUGCCGUUUGGAUGAUUCCUCAGUUAUUUGCUUAUGCAAUGAAUUUUCCAAUAGCUAAGUUCUUACAGGCUCAGAGUAAGAUGAUGGUGAUGGCUAUUAUAUCAGCUGUUGCUCUGGUUUUUCACACUUUUUUUAGCUGGCUAUUGAUUUUGAAGCUUGAUUGGGGCAUGGCCGGCGCCGCCGUGGUACUCAACGUGUCGUGGUGGUUCAUAGUGGUGGCUCAGCUUGCUUAUAUUUUUAGUGGGACUUGUGGUCGAGCUUGGUCUGGGUUUUCUUCCAAGGCUUUUCAGAAUCUUUGGGGCUUUGUUAGGCUAUCUCUUGCCUCUGCUGUUAUGCUCUGUUUGGAAGUUUGGUACUUCAUGGCACUUAUUCUCUUCGCUGGAUAUCUUAAGAAUGCAAAAAUUUCCGUCGAUGCCCUUUCCAUUUGCAUGAACAUAUUGGGGUGGACAGUGAUGGUAGCUUUGGGCAUAAAUGCAGCAAUAAGUGUGAGAGUAUCAAACGAGUUAGGGGCAGCCCACCCAAGAACAGCAAAAUUCUCACUAGUGGUGGCAGUGAUAAGCUCCUUCAUCAUUGGUUUGGUUUUGUCAAUUAUAUUGAUCGCCUCACGCAAUGAAUAUCCAACCUUAUUUUCAGACGACUCAGAUGUUGAAACUCUUGUCAAAAAGCUUACUCCUGUCCUUGCCACUUGCAUCCUCAUCAAUAAUAUUCAACCUGUUUUAUCUGGGGUUGCAAUUGGAGCUGGAUGGCAAGCUGCAGUGGCAUAUGUGAACAUUGUUUGUUAUUAUGUAUUUGGAGUCCCACUUGGUCUUCUAAUGGGCUAUAAGCUCGACAUGGGUGUUACGGGGAUUUGGUGUGGGAUGCUCUCAGGGACAGUGGUACAGACGUGCGUUCUUUUCUUCAUGGUGUACAAAACCAAUUGGAACAAAGAGGCAUCAGUAGCUGAAGACAGAAUAAGAAAAUGGGGAGGGCCAGAUUCCAAAGAAGACAAUGAUGUGUAAAUGCAAUUAUGAAAGAAACCAUUUUUUUUUUUGUCAUAGUUCUUUGAUAUUGGGCACCCUACAACAUUACACUCGCGUUGUUUGUGGGUGAUUACUAGUUUUUUAUAUUAUUUAUUAAAUUAAAAUUUGUAGGACCCAAUAUUAAUUGUACCAAUAAGUAUGACAUCUCUUAUAGUACUUGUCACUCUAAAUAUCUUUUAGCAUUUUUCUUAAUAUUUUUUUCUUCUAGGAUUACAUUUUCUCAAUAUUUUUUGACAUUAAUUAUUACCCUAUAACUAAAAGGGGUGUUUUCUAGCUAUUUGAGAUGAGACUUUUCUCCAAGAAAAUUUCAAUUAAUGCCAAAAGUAAUAUUUAUCA